CCUACAUGCUACUGACAAUGAGUAUAAAUAGGGUGUAUUAUGCAAUGCUUCAAAAUCUCGAUUUAUGUCCUUUGGCCAAUAUCAACGAGCGCAUCUGCUAUAUCAAUCGAGUAACAAGGAUUACUGGUCAACCAACAUGUGAAACAAAAUUAUUCGCAUUCAAAAUGAAAGGAAUACCUUCAACAUGUCAAACUCAAAUUAUCAAGGGUAAUUUCGAGAGAUGGGUUUAUAUCCAAGACAAUGAAUGGAUCUUUUCGGCUUCGCACCCACCAUCUUUAACGAUCACUUGCUCUCCGACACAUAUUGAAGACGUCAAAUUGAAAACUACUGGAAUUAUUCGUCUUGGACCUCAGUGCAAGGGUUAUACCGAGACAGUCGUUCUGGAAUCGUCACAAGGCAUCACCGCAAAUCGUAGCCACAUUUUAAUGCAACAAAUUCCUGAAGAAGAUUGCUGUCCGAAAAGUCAUGAAAAAUCCACGAUCAUUCCGAUACGUUUAGAGCCAGUAAAAGUCACGGAUAUUAAUACAGAAGAGCUCAAAUAUUCUAACCAUAAACUUAUUCAGUUAGAAAAUUUUUUGCAAAAGGAACUAAAUAAACCGGUUAUCGUUCAACACAAUCGGUGGUCCACUGUUGCAUUGAGCGUAACAAUAUCCAUUGUCAUACUAGUACUCGCAAUAUAUCUUUUACGUCGUUGUGAUAUGCUACGUUCAACCAUCAGAUGUCUGUGCCUCAUCAAGGAUCCGAAGUCAAUAAACGAUUCCUGUUGUUUAAAAAUCAUAAAUACAAACGUUAAUUCUGGUCCUGUAACAAGCAGACAACUAGUGAAACUCCUGGAAGAAGAAGACGGAUCCACGUUAGAAGAAGGACCAUUCAACCUAUUAUCAACUCAUUCUGCGGAUGGUUGGCAGCAAUAUGAUACUUUAAUUAGACCUGUAGGACAACCUGGAUUGAGAAGACCAACAUCGCGUGCACCUUCUGUAAAUAUGGAUUAACUAAUUUUUCCCUCCAAAAGAAAAAUGAAGAUUGUAACCCCAUAAUUUAUCAUUAUUAUUUGUUUAAUGUUAAGUAGUAUUAGCGUAGGUACAAAUAAUUAUUAGUAUCUUCAAUCAUCCUAGAUUUCAUGAUAUUUACUCUUUAGAUUAAGUAAUUCUUUAGCCGUUAGAAAAAUUCGUAUGCGUUUUUAUUCAUUACUUAUG